UUGUUUGUGUGUAGUGACAAUGUCGUGUUGGUUUGUUUAGUUAAUUUUCCUGAAUAAUCGUACGUAUUACUCGUGGAAAUUCGAAGAGAAAAAUGAACGCCACGAGUCUUUACGUAUCGACAUGUCGGCUCGUUUUACAAGCAGACGCCGACGAUCCAAAUUCGUGGACAGAUUUGUAUAGGCUAGUUCCGUAUUUGCGACAAAGCCUUAGUUGUACUGUGUGUUCAAAUUUAUUAAUCGAACCCCAUACACCAACUGAAACAAACUGUCAACAUCAUGUGUGUCGUGGUUGCAGAGGUGGACGUAAAAAGCUUAAACCGUCGUGUGGUUGGUGCAAAGAUUAUGACAGAUACGUCGAGAAUGUUCAAUUACGAAUAUUGUUACAGUGUUAUAAAAAACUGUGUGAAUAUUUGACAAACACCAACAUCUAUCGGAGUUUAAUACUUUCAUUGUCUUCCAAUAAAACAAGUAAUAGUGCAUCGGCUAUUGGUGUUACCAGCCUCAUGGAACUUAUACAGGAAGGUUCUGGUUUCAAAGAUGAAUUUAAAAGUACUGCUGGUUUGUCAAAAUCUGCAUACAGCAUUUUACCGUGUGUUUACACAAGUACAACCUCUACCCAAACCCAAGGAAAUAUUAUGCAAAGUCCUGAAACGAUAUCGCAAAGUAUAUCUGAGUCACCGGCUAUUCGUACCGUAUCAAAUGGAUCUUCGAUAUAUUCGGUGAUGUAUGCUGGGUCUGGUAACAAAAUAACAAUAAAACGGAAAGCCGCUGCCGCAGAAGAUACAGAAAUAGGACAACAGGAUAUCGAUGGAAAUCAGCACAGCUCUGUAGGAGGGGUAAAAUGUAUUCCAUCUUCCCACCUUAAAUAUGGGACCCCCUCUCAGAAAAAGUCUUCAAAGGGCAGCAAAUCGUCGGGCUUUAAAAAGCCGAGAUCAAGUUCUGCUCGGAGUAAAAGAAAAGGGUGUAGAUGUGGUAAUGCCACUGCGAUACCUGGAAAGCUAACUUGUUGUGGUCAACGUUGUCCCUGUUAUGUUGAAAGUAAACCUUGCGUGGAAUGUAGGUGCAGAGGUUGUAGAAAUCCUCACACAGCGGAUGGGUUAAAGAUACGGCCGCACAUACCCGAGUUACAUAAUUUGCAAUUGCAAUUAUCGGCUCCUUUAGACUGCGAUACAUUAAAUUCAGAUCCUUUGGGAUCAGUACCACAAUGCCUUUCAACCUCCCCGACAACAAUUCAAGUAUUAAAUGUUUAUUCAACUCCAAGAUUAGAUAUCGAUAAUGUACCACAAAAUCUACCUGCAGCCUUGUUAGUAGGAGAAGAUGCUAUGAUUAGUACUGAAAGUGAAGCCGAAGAUAGUGAUAUACAAAUUGAUGUGUGACAAUGCAAAUGACAUUGUCAAAUGUCAUGUUUAAUCUAAUGAGAAUAAUCUAUCUACUAUUGAAACAAAAAGUUAUGGUUUUUAAUCUAUAAUUAUAUUAAAAAAAAUAAUAAAUAUAUUUUUAUCACU